AUGGCUGUAGACGCGUCUCAAGAUGCCGCGUCGCUGCCAUACCACGAGCCAGGCAUCGUUGUCAUUCUAGUCCUCGCGUCUUUUCUUCUUCUCCUCAAUGUCGUCAAUGCUGCCCUUGACAGAGUGCUUUACUGCGGUCUACUAGGCCAGGUGUUGGUUGGCAUCGCAUGGGGCACUCCAGGUGCGAAGUGGCUGUCUGAGAGCUUAGAAGAGACGGUUGUGCAAUUAGGCUAUCUUGGACUGAUUCUGCUUGUCUAUGAAGGUGGUCUCUCUACUUCUUUCCAGUCUCUCAAAGCGAAUCUACUUCUCUCUUCUGGCGUCGCUCUGACUGGAAUCGUAAUUCCCAUCGGUCUCUCCUACACUAUGCAAUGUCUGUUAGAUGCUAGCCCUGUACAGGCUUUUGCUGCUGGUGCAGCACUGUGUUCCACCAGUUUGGGCACAACCUUUACGGUUCUCGGCUCAAGUGGCUUGUCUACCACUCGUCUAGGCGUUGUCCUUACCAGUGCGGCUAUGAUGGAUGAUGUCGUCGGCCUGGUCAUGGUGCAGGUCAUCUCUAACCUAGGCGGUGACAACUUCAGCUGGGUCACGGUCGUCCGCCCGGUACUUGUUUCGGUUGCUUUUGCUGUCGUUGCUCCUAUUGUUUGCCUUUUCGUCGCUAAGCCCCUGACCGUGUGGCUGAAUACGUACCGCGAAGCUCACCCAGGCGCACGGCUAAAUGCUCUCCUACAGCGUACACAAACGGCUUUCACAGUCCACACGCUAAUUCUCAUUGGUCUCGUCGCGGGGGCUACAUAUGCAGGCACGUCGAAUCUGUUUGCUGCGUACAUUGCAGGAGCUAGCAUCAGCUGGUGGGAUUCUGACGUACCUCACCCUGCUAGUACUUUGGCCACAACCCCAGUGGCUGAAAAGAGCCCAGCAGCUUCUGGAUCAGUUCUUGAAAGCUCUGAAGGCACAUCUCCAGAUGCCUCCAAGACUCGGAGCGAGCAAAACCAGGGCACGCUUUCAUCCCAACCCACCAAGAUCGAGAAGGAAGAGCACGUGGAUACAACAGGUGGUGCAGCCAUCUACCACCACUACUACCACCCUGCAGUGUCCAAGAUUCUGCAGCCUUUCUUCUUCGCAUCCAUUGGCUUUUCUAUACCAAUCACGCGCAUGUUUAGAGGUGCGAUAGUCUGGCGAGGUAUUGUUUAUGCCAUCCUUAUGGCAUUUGCCAAGGUGGUGUGUGGUCUUUGGCUUGUCCGUUUCUCGGUCUCUACAGGUAAAAGAUCUCCUAGCAAGAUCCUGAGCAAGGUGCGCCUGCCGUCGGUGCCUCACUUGUGGGGUAAGAGCAAUCACCCAGCACCGUCUGCGCAGACAGGAGCUACUACACCUAAGGUAGGAGCCGCACCACCACACACAGAAGCUACCCCCACACAGACACGCCCAGCAGCUUCGUCAGCUGGCACCGAGAGCGAGGCGCGCUCUUCACCCAACCCACCAAAGCCCUUCUCGCUACACCCGCCGCUUAUUCUCGCCUCUGCCAUGUGCGCCCGCGGAGAGAUUGGUUUCUUAAUUUCCGGCGUCGCUGAAUCUCAAGGAGUGUUCGGGGAAACUUCUGGUGAGCCAACCGACAUCUUUCUCGUCGUGACAUGGGCCAUCGUUCUGUGUACUAUCCUCGGCCCUCUAGCUGUUGGGUUAUCUGUUCGCAGGGUGAAGGAACUCCAAGCGCGUAAGAAGAAACAGCACGAGGGCGCCGAAAGAGACGUCUUGGGCGUUUGGGGGGUAGAGUAG